AUGGUUGCCUUGCGCAAUGCUCGUGUUCGGUGCUAUGUCCUUCUUUGCCAUUUCUUCUGCUUUUGGCAUUUCGCAGCGCGAGCCUUACAGUUCUCUGCCCUGCCGCCGAAUACAAAGAUGUUGAAGGACGUGGAGCACAAUGAGGUGCCAAGCUGGAUUCGUGAGCAAAUGUGUGAUUUGGAGUAUGAUGAAGACAUCGCCAACAAGGUGGUAGAUGCACUUUCCGGGUACAGGCGCAAAGGUCUCAUGGAAGUUUCCGAGGAGAAUUUGCGUAAAGCGCUAGCCAAUGAGUUUUCCGCCAGUGCUGACUGUAUUGCCAUAGCCCAGAGCCUUUACAACCGCAUUCAGAAGGGCAUUGCCGAACCACAACCCGUUCAGAGCGAUGUUCCCGAGAAUGUCAAGGCCUUCGCACGAGCUUUGUAUGAUGCAAAGCUAAAAGGGCAAAUUCUCAGAACGGAAACGGGCAGUUUCAAGUUGCAAAACGUUUCUGAAAUUUGGGACGAGAAGCAGUUCUACGUGCGGGACUGCUACACAGAAAUUGCAGACAUCAUGUUGAAGAACUAG